GUGAGUACAGUUUGACGUUCCAUGUCAACACUUCAUUUAAAUGCACACACGUGCUCUGAUUGCAUCAAAUCGAUUGUUAAUAUAAAGAGAAAAACCAGCAAAACCAAUGAAAAUGGAAACCGAUGAAAACCCAACAGUGAAACCGGAGCAAGCGGUAACCGUUGAAAUAUGCGAAGGAAGCGCGAAAAUUGUUUCGGAAAAUCGCGUAUUUUACAAUCCAGUGCAGCAAUUCAAUCGGGAUUUGAGCUUGUCAGUGCUGUCAAUGUUUUGGAAACUCUGCCAGAAUGAAAGUAAAGAGCGAAAAAAUGGGAAAAAGAUUCCAGGCAAUGAUUUUUCGGACGGUAUGCGUGUUUUGGAAGCACUAUCAGCCACCGGAUUGCGAAGUAUUCGUUAUGCCAAAGAAGUGCCCGGAAUAAAGGCGAUAAUUGCGAAUGACUUGUCAGCAGCGGCUGUUAAAUCGAUCAAAAAGAACAUAAAAUUGAAUAAUGUUGAACAUUUGGUGACGGCAAGUGAAGCAAAUGCUAUGACAUUGAUGUACAAUUCCACCAGCCCACAAAGCCGCUUUGAUGCGAUCGAUUUGGAUCCAUAUGGAAAUCCAACAAUAUUUUUAGACGGUGCUGUGCAAUGCAUUGCCGAAGGCGGCUUAUUGCUGGUUACAGCGACGGAUAUGGCCAUUUUAGCUGGAAAUAAUCCAGAAUCUUGCUACGCAAAAUAUGGUUCGGUGCCGCUGAAAACAAAAGCCUGUCACGAGCAAGCACUUCGAAUUCUUCUGCGAUGCAUUGAAAGUCAUGCCACUCGUUACGGUCGAUACAUUAAGCCGUUGUUAAGUAUCUCGGUGGAUUUCUACAUUCGUGUAUUUGUGCGUGUAUUCACCAGUCCGUUAGAAUGUAAGAUGAGCAGUAGCAAACAGUCAAUGUUCUAUCAGUGCACUGGAUGCCAGACGUAUUCUCUGCAGCCGCUCGGUAUCCUAAAGCCAAAUCCGACUGAAAAGAAUCCAAACCAAUUCAAAUACGCUCUGCCAACGGUUCCAAGCGUCAACCAGCACUGUGACCAGUGCAACAACAAAUAUCACAUGGGUGGUCCCAUUUGGACGGCACCAAUUCAUGAUUUUGAUUUCGUUGAUUCACUCUACGAAUUGAUUCAAACCGAACCAUACAAAAACCUAGAAACGAAUCCACGUAUCUACGGUGUUUUGUCUGUGAUUCGAGAAGAAUUACCCGAUGUGCCUCUGUAUUAUACACUCGGUCACUUGUGCUCCGUUCUGAAACUGCAAUGCAUUCAAAUAGUCAAACUACGUUCAGCGCUGAUUCAUGCCGGAUACAAAGUUUCCUUUUCACACACGUGCAAAACAUCGAUUAAAACGAAUGCUCCGGCGAAAGUUCUAUGGGAUAUCUUACGGAAUUGGGCUAAAAUUCAUCCAGUUAAUGCAAAGCAUCUCGAAAAGAACCCAGUCAUAAGAGUGAUGUUGAGCAAAGAACCGGAAAUGACGUACAAUUUACAUGACAUUCACCCCGAAGCAAAUCCAAGUAGUCGGCAGCGAUCAUUAUCACGAUUCCCCACCAAUCCGAUGCCAAACUGGGGACCUGGCACACGAUCAACACUCAUGGUUGGUGACGACAAAUUGCCCAAACGAAUCCGAAAUCAAAACAAACACACAUCAAAGCGCCCAAAUGACGAAGCUGCUGACAACGAAACUGAGAGUAAACAACUGAAAACAACGUGAAUGGAUUCCGCAUUCAAUGCGGAACGAACGGCCCAGCUGCAAAUGGAAAAUGAUCAUAAACAAUGGACAAUUUUCGUUAUGAAAAUUAUAUUUUUGCUUUGCUACAGAAAUGCAUAUUAAAUGUAAAAUAAAUAUGUCUCAUAUAAAAAAAA